AUGCCGGCCAAGCCGGAGAAAAGCAGCCUGAAGCGCGCGCCGCCUACGGCAGACGAGGAGACGGAGCUGAAGAAGCCGCGUCGCUCGCAGCGCCUCUCAGACGCGAACGGACCCAAGACCACCACCAACAACCAGCAGCAGCUGCCCUCACCCGUCACACACAAGGACUCGACGGCGACUGAAGACAUCAAAGAAGGCACCGUCAGCCCCUCUCUCGAACGACCGAGCCAGCGGAACGGUCUCCCUCCACACUUCCCGAGUUCUCCGAAUGCCGCGGGACUUUCGUCACCACCCUCCGACACGCAGCCCUAUUCCCAAUUCGUCUACCCACCCCAAGCCCAGAUCUACGGCGUCGAGGAUGAGGAGGCCGAGGGCGUGUGGGGGUAUCUUGUGCCUAUCGACAGCAAGUCCGGGGACGCCAUGGUGCUGAAGCGGCGGAGCGCGUGUCCGGUGCCGACGACCAUGCUCGGUGCCAAGAGCGGGAAGCAGCGGGUGGGAAAGAAGACGUACCAGGAGCAGGAGUGGGAGUACGAGAAGCAGAAGCAGCUGAACGGCAUCUCGGCUGGGGGCUAUCUCAUAGGGCGGCAUCCCGAGUGUGACCGCAUCAUCAACAGCCCCGUCGUCUCGAACCGGCACUGCCUCAUCUUCAACGAGAACAAGUUCGGCGACACCAUCGCCGUCCUCGAGGACCUCUCCGGCAACGGCACCUUCGUCAACGACUCGCUCGUCGGGCGGAACAAGCGCCGCGAGCUGUGCGACGGCGACGCCAUCUCCAUCCUCGACGAGGCCCGCUUCGUCUUCCACUACCCGCACUCCCGCAACUCCAACGGCUUCCGCCAGCAGUACAGCAUCCAGGAGCAGCUGGGCAAGGGCCACUUCGCGAGCGUGUACCUGUGCGUCGAGCGGAGCACGGGGCUGCGGUAUGCGGUCAAGAAGUUUGAGAAGCGCGCGGGGCCGGGCGAGCGGAGCAAGGUGGACGGGCUGCAGCAGGAGAUUGCGGUGCUGAUGGGCGUGAGCCAUCCAGGCCUGCUGUGUCUGAAGGACACGUUCGACGAGGACGACGGGGUGUAUCUGGUGCUGGAGCUGGCGCCCGAGGGCGAGCUGUUCAACUGGAUCGUCACGAAGCAGAAGCUGAGCGAGUGCGAGACGCGGAAGGUGUUCGUGCAGCUGUUCCAGGCGGUCAAGUAUCUGCACGAGCGGAACAUUGUCCAUCGCGACAUCAAGCCCGAGAACAUCUUGCUCAUCGACAAGGAGCUGACGAUCAAGGUCGCGGACUUUGGCCUUGCGAAGAUUAUUGGCGAGGAGUCCUUCACCACCACACUAUGCGGCACACCAAGCUACGUCGCCCCCGAGAUCCUCGAACCCACCAACCACCGCCGCUACACCCGCGCCGUCGACGUCUGGUCCCUAGGCGUCGUCCUCUACAUCUGCCUGUGCGGCUUCCCGCCCUUCAGCGACGAGCUCUACACGCCCUCGAACCCGUACACCCUGUCCCAGCAGAUAAAGAUGGGCCGCUUCGACUACCCGUCACCCUACUGGGACCCCAUCGGCGACGCCGCGCUCGACCUCAUCGACCGCAUGUUGACGGUGGACGUGGAGCGGCGGAUCAGCAUCGAGGAGUGUCUCGAGCACCCCUGGAUCACGAACCGGGCGGAGGAGCUGCCGGCCUACGCCGCCAAGAUGGGCGGGUACGGCGGCGCGGCCGCCGCGACGGACAGCACCGACGGCCUCGUCGGCCGGCUCGGCGAGCUGGACUUCGAGAAGCGCAAGGUGCGCCGCGAACGCACGCUGCUGAGCCAGCUGAACGAGGUGCGCGUCGCGCGCGUCGUCGACGUCGACGGCGCGGGCGACGGGCGAGUCGGAGAUCGCGGCGGCGGACCGGGCGGACCAGGCGCACGAGGCGGGCAGGGCGAAGACGGCACCCAUCUCGCCGUCAACGGGAACCAGAUGAGGACGGCGACCGCGCCGGUGAAGGUGUGGGAGAAGAAUCCCAAGCUGCCCACGAAGGCGCAGAACGGCGAGACGGAGGCGAAGAAGCAGAUGCUGAAGGAGGCGGAGGCAGAAGCGGAUCCGGCGGCCGCGAGGAACCCGACCGAGUUCAUGGGCAUGGGCGGGAAGGGGGACGUGCUGCUUUUCGGGGACGAGGGGAGCGUGUACUCUGCGAAGACGGUUAGGGCGAAGCCGGUUGAGGAUGGGGUCGGGGAUGGGGAGAAGAGCUGA